AUGCCGUACUACGCAGUAGCUAAUGGGAGAGAAAAGGGGUGUACGAUUCCUGGUCUGAUUGUAAAGACCAAGUGAAUGGUUAUAGUGGAGCUUCAUUUAAGAAGUUUGAUACUGCUGCAGAAGCUAGUAGUUUUGCUUCAGGAGGUGGCAGUCUGUAUUCUGGUGGUGGCAGUCUGUAUUCUGGUGGUGGCAGUCUGUAUUCUGGUAGUCUGUACUUUAAUAGUGGCACUUCAAGAUCCCAACCCCAAACUCAGGAUAUUUACAUUGAUGGAGCAUCUCGUGGAAAUGGGAAAACCCAGACUCCUAAUGCUGGCUAUGGAUUGUAUUAUGGAGAAAAUGAUAGUAGAAAUGUAGCAGUUGCCAUGGAUCAAGUUCGUGGAGGCAACGUGACUGCCACCAACCAACGAGCUGAACUUGCCGCUGCUCGUCAUGCACUUCAAAACAUCCAUGAUGAGCCUAAGGAUACCAAGUAUACGAUCAAGACCGAUUCGCGAUACACCAAGGAAGCCACCACCAAUUGGCUGAAAAAUUGGGAAAACAAUGGGUGGAAAACCUCAAAUAACACCGAUGUGGCCAACCGUGAUAUCAUUGAAGACAACGUGAAGUUGUACAAGAGCAUCAAUCAAGAUUAUGAGAAGAAAGGAUGGGGUUCUUUACAAUUUGAGCACGUGAGAGGGCACCAGGGGAACCAUGGCAAUGAAAUGGCCGAUGCCUUGGCCAACAAGGGUGCUGAUAAGAUGGCAAAAUCGCGGAGAAGACGUCUGUGA